CCGGAAUUCUCUUCUUCACAAGUUCACAAAAGGCCAAUGGGGUUAUUAAAUCUCUUCAUUGUGGCACUAAUGCCCGUUCUCAAAGUAAUUAUGAUAACUGGAGUUGGCUUGUUCAUGGCUUUGGAUCGCAUAAAGCUCUUGGGACCCGAGUCAAAUCACCAUUUGAACCAAAUUGUAUUCUACGUGUUAAGCCCUGCACUUGCAGCCACCAGCUUAGCUGAAACGGUCACUUUCCAAAGUUUCAUGACACUGUGGUUCAUGCCAUUGAAUCUUCUGCUGGGAUUCGUUCUGGGUUCGAUACUGGCAUGGCUUCUCAUCAAAAUUACUAAAACUCCUAAACACCUUCAGGGCAUCGUCAUUGGUUGCUGUUCUGCAGGAAAUACUGGGAAUUUGCCGCUGAUUAUGGUUCCAGCAGCGUGCGAGGAGUCAGACAAUCCAUUUGGAGAUCCAUCUAUUUGUUCCAUGCAUGCUAGGCCAUAUGCUUCACUUUCUUUAGCGAUUGGAGCGAUUUAUAUAUGGUCGUACGUGUUUGUUGUCCUGCGAUUGUAUGUAAAUACAGAAAUGGAAAAUGAUUCCACUUCUGAAACACUCCCCAGGAGUUCCACUGAAUUAGCUGUUCUUCCUUCAACUAAUCCAAUGCAUCUCACCAGUUUCGGUGGAACAAUGACCAAGAUGUCAGCUUGGAAGAAAAUAAUGCAGCGAAUGAAGAGCAUUUCGAAAAAGGUUGACCUAAAGAAAGUGUGUGCACCAACAGCAGUUGCAGCGAUUGUCGGGUUUAUAAUCGGAAUAGCAUCUCCAAUCCGGAAACUAUUGAUCGGAAAUGAAGCUCCUCUUCGUGUAAUCGACAGCUCUGCAUAUAUAUUAGGGGAGGCAGCGAUUCCAUGUAUGACUUUGGUCAUGGGGGCCAAUCUUUUGAAAGGUCUAAAAGGAUCGGAUGUGAGUCGAAGUGUGAUAAUAGGGAUAAUAGCGGUGAAGAACGUAUUAUUACCAUUAAUAGGGAUCGGUGUUGUUAAAGCAGCUCUCCAUUUGGGGUUGGUCCCAUCAGAUGAUAAGUUAUAUCAAUUCGUUCUUAUGCUUCAAUUUGCUGUUCCAUCUGCAAUUGCCGUAGGUACCAUGACCGAAUUUUUUCAGCUUGGUCAAUGCGAAACUGCAGUGAUAAUGCUUUGGACUUAUGUAGUAGCAGCAUUCACCCUCACACUUUGGUCUACCUUGUUCAUGUGGAUUCUGGCUUAGUUAUUUGCUGCUCAAAUACCAAAAUCAAAAGGAAUAAAAAAGGUUAACUUCCCUAGAUGGGAUAGAAUAUUUGUAGCUUCUAGUUUGUUUAGAUUUUCAUAUAAAGGAUACUGGAAUUUUGAAUGUGUAGUAAAUUUGAUCUAGUUUGAACAAUUUAUUUACAAUGA